AUGGAGCGCCGUCUUCUGGAUAGGCUUGAUGACGUGGAGAAGGAGCUUCGUCGCUCGCGUGCGCGGUCGGCGUCACCAUCAGCUCCUCGCGCUGCUCCCGUCGUCCCUCUCUCCGUGCUCCUGCCCCACAAUCCCUUUGGAUCCCCGGCGCGUUCAGAGCGGCCGCUGCCUGCAGGGAUGGGCUUCGUAGGUGCUGGUGGCGGGCCGCCGUGGGCUCAGUUUGCUCCGCCGCGUCCUCUUCCUGCUCCGCGUGAUCUCGCCGUGUCGUCUCACUGUGCCCGUGCGUCUGCGUUACUUCCGCCGAUGAAGGAAGUUCCCACGGCGACCCUGGCCCGCCUAUGGUCGCUGGCGGCGUCCCUGCAGAGCCUUGAGCGGAUUCUCCAGGAGUCAUUUGACUCCAUGCCGGAUAUGUGGAAGCGCAACGAGAGGCCCAAGGCAGUGGAGGACGAUGACGAGGGCGGUGAGGACGGCAGGGGAGGGGGGAGGAGCCGCAAAGACAGGGAGAAGGAGAGGCGCAGGGAGAAGAAACGGGAGAAGCACAGAGACAGGGAUAGGGAAAGGGAUAGGGAGCGAGAGGGGGAGGAGGACGGGGAGAGGAGGGAGAGGAGGAAGGAUAAGAAGCGGAAGAAGAAGAAGAAGCAUCGCGAGGGGAGGGACAGGAGCAGGAGCAGGAGCAGGAGUGACAGGGACGAGGGGGGUGAGAGGGACGGGAGAGACGAGAGGGACGAGAGGCAUGAGGAUGAGAACCCGUGGGCUCCGAUGGGGAGAGAGGGGGUGGAGGGGAAGGGUCGGGAGAUGAGGGAGGGAGUCCGAGGGGAGAGAGGAGGGGGAGAGGUGGAGGAGGCGAGGGGGAGGAGGAGGAUGCCCUGGCUGCAGCUGGGCUGGUGGAUGAGGAGGAGGAGGGAGGGGAUGCACGGGGGGACGGCAAUGACCAGGUGGGGAGCCCCCGCUCGCAAGCGGCGCCGGCAGCUGGCAGAUUCGGAUGAGGAAGAGGCUGGUGGCGGUGCUGAGAGGGAGACACAUGUGGUGGGCAGUGCGCCUGAUGGCGGGGAGGAGGCACCCCCACCCCCCACAGGCGAGGCAGAGGGCAUGCAGGAAGGGUGA